AUGCAACAGGGAGAUUACAAUUCGUACUAUCACCACCAGUACCCUCAAUUUCAAACCCCUACGCCGAAUCCUAAUCCCAACCCAUCCCCGCCGGCGCCCGCCGUUUCUGGUCCGACCGAUCUUUCCCGGAACACGUAUGCAUCCGCCCCACCGUUCACCGGCGGUUACGGUGCCGCUGAUUACUCCAACUAUUCCCAGAAUUACCCUUCUUACGGGCAAAACACUGAUCACGUCCCUCCUUCAGCUCCUUCCUUCACUCCCGCGGCACAGCCACCUCCUCCGUCUCCGCCGGCGACGUCCUUAAACCCUAAUUCUUAUUCAAGCUUCAAUCAACCGCCCACGAUUCAUCCACCUGCAUCAACCUACGGAUCAUUUGAUUCUACUGCCCCUUAUCAGCAAUCUACCACGCAGCCGAUGUAUUAUCCACCGUAUGAUCAGCAUCAGACCUCUGGCUAUUCUUCUGCACCUCAUCCUCCGCCUCCAUCUGCGGCUGCGCCGAUUCCUAAUCCCGUUCAUGCUCCGCCUUACUCAUCCUCCUUGUACUCGGCACCUCCGUACAGUGGCGGAGGAUCCUCCAUGCCUCCUCCUUCGUAUGAAAAACCAUACGACAAGCCGGUCAAAUUCGAUCAACCUGCUUACGGCGAUUACAGCCGGAGCAGAUCGGAUGUAGGCUCAGAUCCAUACGGGAAACGAACUGAGAGCGGAGGGUACCCUGCUUUCGAAGAUUCAUAUGGAGAUGGCGUCUAUGCCUAUGAAGGAGGCAAAGUAGAGCCCUACGGGUCUCGUGGAACUGCGCCGAAAUCAUCCAAUUCGACGUUGUUCGACGAUUAUGGACGAUCCAUCAGCUUUUCUUCAGGUAGAGAUUCCUCUGCUGGCUCGAAAUCUGCCAAGAUCGUCAGAGCUGUCCCCAAGGCUGAUGUGCAGGAAGAUUCCACUGGUGGUGUUCAGAAGUUCCGUGUCAAGCUCUUGGCUGAGACCUACGGACAGACCACGACAGAUGUUCUUUGCCAGAUUGGUUUGGAUGGUCUACGUAUGCUUGAUCCAAGUACUAGCCGAACUUUGAGAAUAUAUCCUCUUGAGAACAUCACUAGAUGCGAAAAACUAGAUUCUUCUAUUCUGGCUUUUUGGUCCAAGACUCCUGUAGACAUUGAAGCUAAACGUAUCAGACUGCAAUCAAAUAGUUACACCACCAACACUCUUCUGGACACAGUGACGGCUGCGAUGUUUCAGGCGAAGGAGAUUGGGGGAAGUAGCAGGCCUCCUUCCUCUGGCAAACUGAUUGAGCAAUCUGCUGAGAAGAAGAAAGGAUUGGGUGAUUGGAUGAACAUUAUAAAGCCUGUAAAUGAGGAGAAAGAUCAUUGGGUCCCUGAUGAAGCUGUUUCGAAGUGCACAUCGUGUGGGUCAGAUUUCGGUGCAUUUAUGCGAAGGCAUCACUGCAGGAACUGUGGUGACGUCUUCUGUGACAAGUGCACUCAAGGUAGGAUUGCUCUCACCGCUGAAGAGAAUGCUCCCCAAGUCCGUGUUUGCGACCGGUGCAUGGCAGAAGUGUCACAAAGGUUGAGUAAUGCCAAGGAAUCCGCUAGCAGGAACGUGAGUGUGCAGAGCCAUGAAGACCUCGCUAGGAAACUACAGGAGGAAAUGGAGAAAAACCGCAAGUCCUCAUCUGGUUCGAGGGAAGGAUCUGGGAGACGGAUGAAGGAAGUAGCUUGUCCAACAUGCACAGUGCACUUGCAGGUUCAGGUUCCAAUCUCAGGAUCAGAGACCAUUGAGUGCGGAGUUUGCCAAAACCCUUUUCUCGUUAGCGCGCAUUGA